AUUAUGAAAACAACUAUGUGAAACAAGGCCGGACGAAAUAGUUCUUUAAAUUUUAAAAAUUAUAUUUAAGUCAUAAAUAAUUUAAAGUAAAUUGCAUUUUAAAGUUGUAUAACGAUGCUUAUUUUGUCUAAAUUUAAGGGAGCAACUUUUUGUGCAUCGUGUUUUCUUUUCACCAACCGGCUUGCGAGCGACAGUUCAUCACUUUCCACGUGAAAAGUUUCCAAUUCUGUUAUGCUGACUGCAGUGAAAUAGUUUUUCCUGCAUCACAUGCCCAACUGGCUAGGUUUUUAACAAUCCGGCACAUAAGGAUUCCAGUGAACCCUUCACUGGGUGAAAAACUGAUUUCGAACAACUCGAGAACGGUGUCAGCAUGGCAGCAACCGGCGAGAGAAAAGGGACGUUCAAAGUGAGAACCCUCCAAGACAUCGAAGCUGCCGUUCAAGCCAGGUGGGACGCCGAGAAAGUCUUCGAAAGGAACGCAGACGAUCAGGCAUCGUCUGCUACGACGGGCAAGUUCUUCGUCACUUUCCCGUACCCUUACGUCAACGGCCGCCUUCACCUCGGCCACACGUUUUCGCUUUCAAAAUGCGAGUUCGCGGUCGGUUACCAGCGCCUGCAGGGGAAGAAAUGCCUCUUCCCGUUCGGUUUUCACGCCACUGGCAUGCCCAUAAAGGCCUGCGCAGACAAGCUUGCUCGCGAAAUUGAACAGUUCGGGUGCCCCCCUGUGUUUCCGGAAGAAACCGGUGAUGAUGAGAUCGGAGUCCAAGACACGGGCGACGCCGCCGAAGCGCUCCUCAAGACCAAGGCCAAGGGCAAGAAAAGCAAGGCGGCCGCCAAAACUGUCGCCGCAAAGUACCAGUGGCAGAUAAUGCAGUCGCUGGGGCUUUCGGACGAAGAGAUCGCCAAGUUUGCGGAUGCCAGCUAUUGGCUGCAGUACUUUCCGCCGAUCAUUCGAGAGGACCUUAAGAAGAUGGGUGUCAAAGUGGACUGGAGACGCUCCUUUGUGACCACCGACGUGAAUCCGUACUACGACUCGUUUGUCCGUUGGCAGUUCAAGCAGCUCAAAGAACGCCAACGUAUCAAGUUUGGCAAAAGGUACACCAUCUUUUCGCCCAAGGACAACCAACCCUGCAUGGACCAUGACAGGAGUUCGGGUGAAGGCGUUGGACCACAAGAGUACACUCUUGUAAAGAUGAAGGCGGUUGCCCCGCUGCCCAAGGCCUUGAAAAGUCUGGAGGGACGAAAAGUGUUCCUUGUUGCGGCGACCCUUCGCACUGAGACCAUGUACGGCCAGACAAACUGCUGGGUGCGCCCCGACAUGAAGUAUGUUGCUUUCGAACUAGCAGACGGAGAAGUCUUUGUUUGCACCUACCGUGCUGCCCUCAACAUGAGCUACCAAGGAUUCACUUCAGCAGCUGGGAGUGUGAAUGUCCUGCUACAUCUCCAAGGACAAGACAUCAUGGGGCUUGCACUGGAGUCUCCACUGACUUCCUACAAAGUCAUUUACACUCUCCCGAUGCUCACCAUCAAGGAGGACAAGGGAACCGGUGUGGUGACCAGUGUGCCCUCAGAUGCUCCGGAUGACUAUGCCGCCCUCCGUGACCUCAAGAACAAGGAAGCCCUCCGUCAGAAGUUUGGAGUUGCAGAUCACAUGGUGCUCCCAUUUGAGCCAGUUCCCAUCAUUGAGGUUCCAGGGUAUGGGACCCUGAGCGCUGUUGUUGCCUGUGAGGAACUCAAGAUUCAGAGCCAGAAUGACCGCGAGAAGCUCCAAGAGGCCAAGGAGAAGGUCUACCUUAAGGGCUUCUAUGAAGGAGUGCUUCUUGUGGGACCUCACAAAGGCAAGAAAGUCCAGGACAUGAAGAAGGACAUCCAGAAAGAGUUGAUUGAACGUGGCGAAGCUGUACUCUACAUGGAGCCUGAGAAGAAGGUGAUGUCACGCUCGGGUGACGAGUGCGUCGUUGCGCUGUGCGAUCAAUGGUACCUGGACUAUGGCAACCCACAGUGGAAGGAAAUGGCCAAGACUGCUCUGUCAAAGAUGGAGACUUACUCGGACGAAGUGCGCAAGAACUUUUUGGCUACGUUGGACUGGCUUUGCGAGCAUGCCUGCUCCAGGACCUAUGGACUUGGUACCAAGCUACCUUGGGACGAAUCUUGGUUGAUUGAGUCUCUUUCGGAUUCAACCAUCUACAUGGCCUACUACACCAUUGCCCAUUACCUUCAAGGAGGAGACCUGAUGGGGUCCACCCCAUGCCCACCUUUCCACAUCAAACCAGAAGAGAUGACCCCGGAAGCUUGGGACUAUGUGUUCCUCAAGCUCGGAAAUGAUCCUAAGCUGAUGAACAACAAAGCGCUGAAUGCAAUGCGGAAGGAAUUUGAGUUCUGGUACCCAAUGGACCUUCGCUGCUCUGGAAAAGAUUUGAUCCCCAACCACCUGUCUUACUGCAUCUUCACCCAUUGCGCCAUGUGGCCAUCAGAGCCGCAGAAGUGGGUCCGUGGUAUGAGAGCCAACGGACACCUCCUGCUUAACUCUGAGAAGAUGUCCAAGUCGACUGGGAACUUCCUUACCCUUGCCGAUGCCCUGGAAAAGUUCUCUGCAGACGGGAUGCGUCUCGCACUUGCAGAUGCUGGAGACGGCAUCGAAGAUGCCAACUUUGUCGAGACGAUGGCAGAUGCUGGGAUACUCAGACUAUACUCAUUCCUGGAAUGGGUCAAGGAGAUGCUUGCCUCUGCCAACACGCUGCGUACAGGUCCAACAGACAGCUACGUUGACAAGGUUUUCGAGGCAGACAUGAACCAUGGUAUUCGAGUCACGGCAGAGCAUUUCGAGCAAAUGAUGUUCAAGGAGGCGCUGAGGACGGGCUUCUUCGAAUACCAGGCGGCCAGGGACAAGUACCGAGAGCUUUGCGUCCUCAAGGGAAUGCACCGAGACCUAGUGUUUAAGUUCAUAGAAACGCAAGCAGUCCUGCUAAGUCCCAUCUGUCCCCAUACUUGCGAACACGUAUGGUCCCUGCUCGGGAAAGAACAGAGCAUCAUGAGAGCCCGGUGGCCCGUUGCAUCCGAAGCAGACGAGACGCUUUUGCGGUCGUCGCAAUACCUCAUGGAAGCCGUCCACGAGUUUCGUCUGCGGCUCAAGGCGUUCAGGACCGCUGCAAGCAACAAGUGCAAGAAGAAGGACCUGUCCAUGUGUCCUCCAGGGCCCCAGAUGACUCGCCUCACGGUCUGGGUUGCCAAGACGUUCCCUCCCUGGCAGCUGACCAUACUGACCAUGUUAAAGGAGUUGUUCCAGAAGCACAAUGGCACCCUCCCAGACAACAAAGUGGUGUCUGCAAUGCUCAAGGACAAGCCGGAGCUGAAGAAGUACAUGAAGAAAGUCAUGCCGUUUGCUCAAGCAGUCCGUGAGAAGGUAGAAAAAACCGGCAUUGAGGCUCUCAAUGUGACGCUCGACUUUGACGAAAAACAGGUCCUCGAGGAAAACUCUCGCUACAUCCUCAACACCUUGGAGCUGGACGACCUUGAGAUUAAGUUCAGCGACGAGACUGAAGCAGAGGACAAGGUCAGGGAGGAUUGUUGCCCGGGCCAGCCGCACGCCGUCUACGCAUCGGACUCGUUUGUCAACCUGCGUUGCAUCAAUCAGCAGCCUUCUUCAGGACGGUUUGAGCUCCUAGUUCCCAUCCUGGAUGGCGACUCUGCAGCCAAGGUAGUUGCAAGGUUGGGGAGGAUGGAUGGCACUCUCGACCUUGACAAACUGAAGGUCACGCUGAUGAGGUACGAGGAUCCAGUUCUGGGCCCACGGAAAAUACCGUCGUUUGGGAACACCGAGGAAGGCAAGCUAGCCAUUCCAGAGAAGGCCGUCUUCCGGAUAAAGAAAGACAAGGACGGCGUCGAUAUGGAACUGGACGGGACCACAGUGGACGUUGGUGGCCAGAUCUCGUAUGUCGUGUCUUGAGAACCGGUCAUCCAAAGGCUGCAAGCCGCCGCUUUUUUCUGAACUAUUUAUUUUAAUAAAAUAGUUUUGCACACUU